AUGGCUACAAGUGGUUCUCAACAUACACGAGGCAAGUGUGGCAUUAUCAUUGUAGGUAAUGCCGGAUCGGACACGACUCAGAAAAAUACUUCGGCAGUACCAAAAAAGGAGCAUUACGUGUGUCAGUAUUCUGGUUGCAAUAAUCGUUGUGAUAGCAAUUGUAUUCGUGAUCGUGGUUGUUAUGGUGAUGUUCUUUAUGAUGGUUAUACUGGUAGUGUUGGUGAUAGUUCUGGUCCUGGUGGUUAUUCUUAUUCUGGUGGUGAUUAUCUUGGUGAUGAAUGUGAAAAAUGUGGUCGUGGUUUUCUUGGUGGUGGUUUUAGUGGUCUUGGUUAUAGAUGUAAGAAAUGUGGUCAUCUUUAUUGCUACAAUUGUUGCUUUAAAUGA